UCUGGUACUGCCGAUGACUGUACCUGAUUCCCCCUCAACUACUCUUCCUUUGCAGGCAGUGUGGUGGCUGCACUGGGAUCCGCUAUUGCCUAUUAGCCGUAGCCUUGGCCCUGUCAUCUUUCUGAUUCUUAUGGCCAGCUUUUACAACAGACUUGUUUAACUUAAGUACUAUCAGCUAGUCUUGUCUGCUUGUGUUAUAUUUUGGCUAUUCUGUAGUAUCCGUUGUAGUUAUGGUGUUCCCCCAUGGUUAUUGUAGCAUUAUUAUUCAUGAUAAUUAACAAUGGUUUGGCCUGGAAGAAAAAUACAGUUUUAAGUUUCAGUCUUGUCUAGGGGAGCCAGCUUUUUUUGAAGAGCCAUGUACGUUUUCAGUUUGCAAUUGGAACACGAUCUGUUUAACUAUACUGCCACUGCUGCGGUCGCACAGCAUUACCUGUGUUUUCGUUGGCGUGCUCUUUCUUAAAGAGACAGCAGGUUGUUUCUAUACGUCUACUUUGUUACGGAAUUCCCAAAACAAAAGCUUAUAAGUGCUCUCACUUGCUCCUUACGUUGACUUUUUGAGACAGUUCCGUAGUCGCAAGUAAACGUCACGUACAUCUAAGUCCGAGUUCCGGUUUUGUUUUCAGAAGCAUGCAUUUCAUAUUUGGGUGAAAAAUAAAGUGCAGUCAUGGCUCAUUCAAACACAAGAGCCAAUGAUGGAAAGAUCACCUACCCUCCGGGUGUCAAAGAAAUCUCUGACAAAAUAUCGAAGGAAGAGAUGGUCAGGAGAUUGAAGAUGGUUGUGAAAACCUUCAUGGACAUGGACCAGGACUCUGAGGAUGAAAAGGAGCAGUAUCUAAACCUAGCUUUGCACCUUGCCUCAGACUUUUUCCUGAAACAUCCUGACAAAGAUGUGCGUUUGCUGGUUGCAUGUUGUCUUGCUGAUAUUUUUAGAAUUUAUGCACCUGAAGCCCCCUACACAUCACCAGACAAACUAAAGGAUAUAUUCAUGUUUAUAACAAGGCAGUUGAAAGGGCUGGAAGAUACUAAAAGUCCCCAGUUUAACAGAUACUUUUAUUUACUUGAGAACAUUGCCUGGGUGAAGUCGUACAACAUUUGCUUUGAGUUGGAAGACAGCAAUGAAAUAUUUACUCAGCUGUACAGAACACUUUUCUCUGUCAUAAACAAUGGCCAUAACCAAAAGGUUCACAUGCACAUGGUAGAUCUGAUGAGCUCCAUUAUUUGUGAAGGUGACACCGUGUCUCAGGAGCUGCUGGAUUCUGUCCUCGUCAAUUUAGUGCCCGCUCACAAGAAUUUAAAUAAACAAGCCUAUGAUUUGGCAAAAGCCUUGCUGAAGAGAACAGCUCAGGCCAUUGAACCUUACAUCACCAAUUUCUUUAAUCAAGUUCUGAUGCUCGGGAAAACUUCCAUUAGUGAUCUUUCAGAGCACGUCUUUGAUUUGAUCCUGGAAUUGUACAACAUCGAUAGCCAUCUUCUACUUUCUGUUUUACCCCAGCUGGAAUUUAAACUUAAGAGCAAUGAUAAUGAUGAGCGUCUUCAAGUAGUGAAACUAUUAGCAAAAAUGUUUGGAGCAAAGGAUUCCGAGUUAGCAUCCCAAAACAAACCCCUCUGGCAGUGUUUUUUGGGAAGAUUUAAUGACAUCCAUGUGCCCAUACGCCUAGAAUGUGUGAAGUUUGCUAGUCAUUGUUUAAUGAACCAUCCGGAUCUAACAAAAGAUCUUACAGACUAUCUUAGAGUGAGGUCUCAUGAUCCUGAAGAAGCUAUUAGACAUGAUGUCAUUGUAUCUAUAGUAACAGCUGCUAAAAAGGAUUUGUCACUUGUUAAUGAGCAACUGCUUAAUUAUGUUAGAGAAAGAACAUUGGAUAAGCGGUGGCGAGUUAGGAAAGAAGCAAUGAUGGGCCUUGCCCAAAUCUACAAAAAGUAUACACUUCAGAAUGACGGGGGAAAAGAUUUGGUGAAGCAGAUAGCUUGGAUCAAGGACAAACUGUUACACAUAUACUACCAGAACAGCAUUGAUGACAGGCUUCUGGUAGAACGCAUUCUAGCACAGUACUUGGUCCCUCACACUUUGGAUACCACUGAAAGAAUGAAGUGUUUAUAUUACCUUUAUGCUACUCUGGAUCCAAAUGCAGUAAAAGCACUUAAUGAACUGUGGAAAUGUCAGAACACUCUAAGGCAUCAUGUCAAAGAUUUGCUUGAUCUGAUUAAAAAUAACAAAACAGAAGCUGCAAGCAAGGCUGUAUUUUCUAAAGUGAUGAUAAUUACCAGAAAUUUACCAGACCCUGGCAAGGCUCAGGACUUCAUGAAGAAAUUCAUUCAAGUGUUAGAAGAGGAUGAAAAAGUCAGGAAACAGUUGGAUACGCUUGUUAGCCCAACUUGUUCCUGUAAGCAAGCAGAGACCUGUGUGCGUGAAAUCACUAAGAAACUUGGCAAUCCUAAGCAACCAACUAAUCCCUUCCUGGAAAUGAUAAAAUUCCUCCUGGAGAGGAUAGCACCAGUUCAUAUUGAUACAGCAUCCAUCAGUGCCCUAAUAAAACAAGUGAAUAAAUCAAUAGAUUGCACAGCAGAUGAUGACGAAGAAGGUGUUCCAACCGAUCAGGCUAUCAGGGCAGGCCUUGAGUUGCUGAAGGUGUUAUCAUUCACUCAUCCAAUUGCAUUCCGUUCUGCAGAAACCUUUGAGUCUCUCCUGCAAUGUUUAAAAAUGGAUGAUGAAAAAGUUGCCGAGGCUGCCCUUCAGAUUUUCAAAAAUACUGGGCACAAAAUUGAAGAAGACUUCCCACAUAUCAGAUCAGCAUUACUUCCAGUUUUACAGCAAAAAGCCAAAAAGGGCCCCAUUCGGCAAGCCAAAUAUUCAAUUCACUGCAUCCAUUCAAUAUUCUCCAAUAAGGAAACCCAGUUUGCUCAAAUUUUUGAGCCUUUGCACAAGAGUCUGGAUCCAUCCAAUCUGGAACAGCUCAUUAUUCCGCUGGUAUCUAUUGGCCAUAUAGCCUUACUUGCACCUGACCAGUUUGCUUCCCCUUUGAAGUCCUUAGUAGCCAAUUUCAUUGUGAAAGAUUUGCUGAUGAACGAUCGGCUCAUAGGGAAAAAGACUGUUAAACUUUGGGUGCCCGAUGAUGAAGUCUCACCAGAAACACUUGUUAAGAUUCAAGCCAUUAAGUUGAUGGUGCGAUGGCUUCUUGGAAUGAAGAACAAUUCAAGCAAAUCAGGAACGUCCACGCUUCGAUUGUUGACAGCUAUUUUGCAUAGUGACGGAGACCUAACAGAGCAGGGGAAAAUCAGCAAACCUGACAUGUCACGUUUGCGGCUAGCUGCUGGUUGUGCUAUUUUGAAGUUAGCUCAAGAGCCGUGUUACCAUGAAAUAAUCACACUUGACCAGUAUCAGCUAUGCUCCUUGGUUAUUAAUGAUGAAUGCUAUCAAGUAAGGCAAAUGUAUGCUCAGAAGCUUCACAAAGGCCUUUCUCGAUUACGACUUCCACUUGAAUAUUUGGCUAUCUUUGCUCUUUGUGCAAAAGAUCCUGUGAAAGAACGGCGAGCACAUGCCAGGCAGUGUCUGGUGAAAAAUAUUAAUGUAAGAAGAGAAUACUUGAAACAACAUGCAGCUGUCAGUGAGAAAUUGCUAUCACUUCUGCCAGAAUAUGUUGUUCCUUAUACAAUACAUCUGCUGGCACACGAUCCAGAUUACAUAAAAGUUCAGGAUAUUGAACAGCUGAAAGACCUAAAAGAAUGUUUGUGGUUUGUUCUGGAAAUCCUGAUGGCAAAAAAUGAGAAUAACAGUCAUGCAUUUAUCAGAAAAAUGGUGGAAAACAUAAAGCAAACAAAAGAUGCUCAAGGCCCGAAUGAUGUGAAGAUGAAUGAAAAGCUGUAUACAGUGUGUGAUGUUGCAAUGCAUAUCAUUAUGUCUAGAAGUACGACUUACAGUCUGGAAUCCCCUAAAGAUCCAGUUCUUCCAGCACGAUUUUUCACACAGCCUGACAAGAAUUUUAGCAAUACCAAAAAUUAUUUGCCUUCUGAAAUGAAAUCGUUCUUCACUCCUGGAAAGCCCAAAGCAGCCAAUGUACUUGGAGCAGUCAAUAAACCUUUGUCAUCAGCUGGUAAGCACUCGCAAUCAAAAUCUUCACGGAUGGAGACGGUAAGCAAUGCUAGCAGCAAUUCUGACCCCAGCUCUCCAGGAAGGAGUAAAGGGAGGCUUGACAGCACCGAGAUGGAUCACAGUGAGAAUGAAGAGUUCACAAUGUUGGGUUCUCCGUUGUCAGGAAAAAGCAUGGACAGGAGUGAUGAUUAUACCUUGACACGGACAGAAGUAGAGAAGCCGAAAGGUCGAAGGAAGGCAUCUGCUGGAGAUCAGGAUGACAGAGUAGGCAAAGAGGACACAUCAAAGGUCGGACAGGAACCCAACAAGAAAACAGGACAGCGUGGUAGAAAACGAACAGCUGCUGCAUUAGCCCUGGAAUCGGAUGAUCAGUCUUGGCCAGAAGAGAAAAGACUGAAGGAGGACUCAUUAGAGUUUGAAGAUGAGCAAAACAGCCCGCCAAAGAAGGGUCGAAGGGGGCGACCUCCAAAGUCAGCUGCUGGGGGUACUCCAAAUGAAGAAAGUGCAGGAAAGACCAGUAAAAAAGUGCGAAAGAAGGCAGCUCCAGUAGCAGUAGCAGCAGAAGAAGUAGCAGAGGAGGAGGAGGUGACAGAGGAAUUAAAGGACAUUGAAACAGAACAAAAGCCAAAAGGUGGUCAACGGUCAAAAACACCGAAGAAAUCUAAAAAGGCAGAGAUAACAGAUUCAAGUCAAGAUGACUCUGGAAUAUCAACACCACAGAAGAAGCGCGGAAGACCACCAAAAACACCACAGUCACAACCAAAGAAGAAUGCACAAAAAGGGCGAGCCCGUAAGUCAUCAGCAAAGGACAUAGACUCUGAGGAAGAUGUUGAAACAUCUCCCUUUAGCCCACCUAGCAAUGAAGAUUACUCCCGUGAUGAAGUGGUGAACAUGGAGGAAGAAGAGGAGGAGGAGGAAGAACCCGUAGUUACUGUGCGACGGAGGUCCUCAAAGAAAAGAUGAGACAUUGUCUUCAGCAGUGCCAGCAGCUGAAAUACUGAUAAAUUUUUAUAUUAUAAAACCCAAGACAGUAGGCAGCUGUCAUUAGCACGAGAGGAUGCUGGAGCAGGGAAAACUCUGCAUCUGCCAGUUGUCUGUCUGUGCAGUUUCUAGGUCACAAGUUUCAGCCAUACACAUAAUGUAAAACCCACACACAUGUUAAUACCAUUGGACAUGCUUUGUAAUGUACGCUGGCUGUGUAGAGAUAUGAAUAAAUAUGUAAAUAUUUUUUUUUUAUUUUUGUGUUUUUGAUGCUUGUAAAGCUUUUAUCUUGGUCAUUGUAAACUUGACAUUCAGCUGUAUUAUCAUUUUUACUGAAUUUCAGAAAAAACAUGAUUAGGAUUUCCAGCAACAUCUGUCAAUGUUUGUAUCUGUACUGUUUUAGGUGUUCACUGUGAUGAAACAUCACUUGAACAAAAAGUGUAUCAUUAUAUGAUGUUAUCUAUUUCGGAAAGUAAGUGAAUAACUAAUUUAAUCUCUUGUUUUUUAUUAUGUGUAUUCUGUAAAAAAAAUACUUAGCUGAUCAGUUCUGUACAGUAAAAAGUGUUUUGGGUUGAUCACGAAAGUUGAUCCACAUUGUAAAUCUAUCUAACUUUUUGCAUCAUUUCAAAAUACAAAUUCGUGUUGGCAAUGAUCAGGCCUUUUUGGUGGCCAUGGUCAUUAAACAUUACAUUUAACGUAUCUUAAUUUUGUGGGAUACAAGAAGAGUAACGUGCCACUUUUAUCUGCCCUGUUUUUAUCAGCUGUAUCAAUAAAAUUAUGUAACAUAA